AUGCCACGUCUUAUUUUAUCAUUGGCUGUAAAUAUAUGGAUUCCUAUUAUAAAGAAUGUCGGUCUCGUGGCUAUCCCCACGUAUCGACCUAAGGUUGUCAGCCCCGCAUAUCGACCUAAGGCUGUCGGCAUCGCGUAUCGACCUAGGGUUGUCGACCCCGUGUAUCAACCUAGGGUUGUCGAUCCCGCGCCUUUACAAGUUUUAUUUUCUAUUUAA